CAUCACUCUUAUUCGUCUUUAGCACAAGAAAAUGAGGUAUCCUGCAACAUGACGAGCUGAUUUUAAGUAGUUUAGAGGUCUGCAAUUCUGGGUUGGAGAAAAGCUGGGAUGGCCUCUAAACUAUUCGACAGACUUCGGCGUACUCUGUUUAAAGAGGGAGAACUUUCUUCUGAGUCGGACGGUCAGGGCACGGACGAUUUUCCAGAGUCUUCUGAACUUGAGGAUGAUAUAGACUGUGUGUCGGCCAGGCUUGGAGGAACACUGUGCUUUGAGGCUGAUGGGGUCUUGGACUCAGAGGACGCUGGGGACGUGUCAGGGCCAGACAGCGACUCUGACUUUUUUGGAGAGUCCAUCGAUAAUGCUUGUAGCAGCACAGAGACCAGCCCCAUAGGUCCUUCUCCAAAGUCCUCAAACAUGCUCACCAGACAACUGCAAGAGAACUGGCGAAACUCAAGAGCUCGAUGCGUUCCUGAAAAACUAAUUUUUGAGGUGACUGACGCCAGUGUUGUGCAUGAGACAAACUCCAAGUAUGUGCUCUACACAAUUCACGUCAUCCACGCUGGAACAUUUGACAAAACUCCCGCAGUCAUCACACGCCGCUACACUGACUUCGAACGUCUCCACAGCCGCUUGCGCCGCCAUUACGGGGGCAACAUAGACGGUGUUUACUUUCCACGAAAAAAACUGCGCAAAAACUUUGCCGCCGAGACCAUCGCUAAACGCAGCCGGGCCUUUGAGCAAUACCUGACCCACCUUCACUCCCUGCCAGAUUUGCGAACCACACCGACGUUCCUGGAGUUCUUCUACCUGGGUGACCUCCGUGCGGGACAGAUGCUAAUGCGAGUGGGGCGAUACCAAGAUGCGUUACACUCUCUUCUCAAUUCCUUGAGGCUCCAGGAGAAAUUGGGAUGUCAUCAGCUUCUCCAGCUCAACCAGCUUCAGAGGGUUCACUGGUUCUUCACGCUGUCCGCUUUGGUGACUUGCUUCCAGGAUCUGGAGCAACUCAAUGAGGCUCAGGAACAUUGCGAUCGAGCGUUGCAAGAUUUAGCGCCUACCCAGGAGGCUUUGCAACAUCAUCAAUUGCACCCAUUGCUUGUCCCUCUCCUUCAGUCUAAUGUCCGGCUGUCCUGGAAGAUCUCCAAGGAUAAGAGGCGCUGGGAGGCUCUUCUGCAGGAGAUCCAGGAGCAGGGGAUUGACAUCGGGAAUCAGCCCAAUCUAAAGGAGUGUCUUAUUAAGGAGAGCAUUGAGGAUAGCGAAGGGCCGGUCAGGGCUAAAAAAACUGAAGAUGUCCUGUAAGCAUUUACCAGUGUUUUUUAAAUAUAUACAUAUUAGAAUUAGUAGUUAUGCUGGAAGAUUUUGAAAGCAAUAUUUUGUAUGUAUCUAUGGUUGUUUACUAAAGAAACCCCCGGAAUUGAUAC